AUGGCAGCCGCCGCGGCAUCUGCUGCGCUCGACCCGAGCAACAGCUCGAAGAAUACUCUUAAGCUCGAAAAUACCGAGAAGCGUGACACCCUCAUCGCAAUUGAGAAGAAAUACCAAGCGCAAUGGAAGGAAAACAAGGUCUUCGAGGUCGAUGCCCCAUCCUUUGACGAAGUCCCCCAGGGCUCCAUGACCGCCGCGGAGAUGCGUGAAAAGCACCCCAAGUUCUUCGGUACCAUGGCCUACCCCUACAUGAACGGUACCCUUCAUGCUGGUCACAGUUUCACUGCUAGUAAGGUCGAGUUCAUGGCCCGUUUUGCCAGGAUGGAGGGAAAACGAAGUUUAUUUCCAAUGGGCUGGCAUGCGACGGGCAUGCCCAUCAAAGCUUGCGCCGACAAGCUGCGCGACGAGGUGAAAAUGUUCGGCCAGAACUUCGAGGGCUACAAGGAAGAGGAAGAGGCUGAUGUUCCGGCAGCUCCUACCCAGGAGUCUAAGCCGGAGGUCAAGGAGCAGGCUGAGAAGUUCUCUGGAAAGAAGUCCAAGGCCGCUGCAAAGACCGUCAAGAUGAAGUACCAGUUCCAGAUAAUGUUGGCCAUCGGAACGCCUAGGGAGGACAUUCAUCGGUUCGCGGAUGCCAACCAUUGGCUUCACCAUUUCCCCCCUCUGGCUAUGCAUGACCUUGAUAGCAUGGGUGCUGCUAUCGACUGGAGAAGGGAAUUCAUUACGACGGAUGCGAAUCCAUUUUACGAUGCUUUUAUCCGCUGGCAGAUGAACCGUCUUUAUGAGCUGGGUAAAAUCCAGUAUGGUAGCCGUUACACAGUGUACAGCCCGAAGGAUGGCCAACCCUGCAUGGACCACGACCGUACUGAGGGUGAGGGGGUUGGUCCCCAGGAAUACUCUGCUAUCAAGCUCCAGGUCAAGGAGUGGUCUCCCGCAGUUGCCGAGCUUGUCAAGGGCAAAAUUGAGGACGAUGCCAAGGUCUACUUCCUUCCCGCGACUCUGCGUCCAGAGACCAUGUACGGACAGACCAACUGUUUCGUUGGUCCCAAGAUUAACUACGGCCUCUUCAAGCUGAAAGAUAAGGAAUACGUUGUGGUUACUAAGCGUGCUGCUUGGAACAUGGCUUUCCAGGGUCAUUUCUUCUCCGGUGAUAACUUCCCCAAGACCCAGGAUCAGCUCCCUCUUGUCGUUGAGGCCCCUGGUUCAGUUUUUGUUGGCACAAAGGUCAAUGCUCCUAUGAGCCUCCAUACCGAGGGUGUUUACAUUCUUCCUAUGGACGGAGUUUCCGCCUCCAAGGGUACCGGCGUCGUCACCUCUGUUCCCUCGGACAGCCCUGAUGACUAUGCCACCCUCAUGGACCUGAUUAAGAAGGCCGAUUACUACGGAAUUAAGAAGGAGUGGGCCGAGAAGGAAAUUUACCCUCUCAUUGAAACUCCUACCUAUGGUAACUUGACUGCGCCCGCUCUUGUCAAGCAGCUUAAGAUCAACUCCCCCAAAGAUGUCAACCCUCUGGCUAAGGCUAAGGAGCUGGCUUACAUGGAGGGAUUCUAUAAGGGAACUAUGAUUGUUGGCGAGUUUAAGGGAGAGUCUGUCCAGGCCGCCAAGGACAAGAUUCGCCAGUCCCUCUACGCAAGUGGAGACGCUUUUCCCUUCGCUGACCCCAUGGGCAAGGUUGUUAGCCGUAGUGGUGAUGACUGUGUUGUUGCCUACCUGGGUCAGUGGUUCUUGAACUACGGUGAGAAUGAUGCCAAAUGGCAGCAGGAUACCCUCAACCACGUUGUCAACAACCUUAACACCUACUGCUCCGAGACCAAGAACGGUUUCGAGAAGAACCUGUCUUGGCUCAACCGAUGGGCUUGUGCCAGGACCUACGGUCUUGGAUCUAAGCUUCCUUGGGACCAGAAAUUCCUGGUUGAGUCUCUGAGUGACAGUACCAUCUACAUGGCCUACUACACUAUCGCCCAUUUCCUGCACGGUGAUCGUUACGGAAAGACUCCUGGUACCUUGAACAUUACCGCUGACCAAAUGAUUGACGAGGUCUGGGACUACAUCUUCACCCGCCGCGAGAUCAGCGACGAUCUGAUCUCCAAGAGUGGCAUCAGCAAGGAGUCUCUACAGCUCAUGCGUCGUUCUUUCACUUUCUUCUACCCUCUUGAUACAAGAGUUUCUGGAAAAGACCUUAUUCAGAAUCACUUGACCUUCUUCCUGUACAUUCACGUUGCCCUUUUCCCACCUGAGUACUGGCCUCGUGGAGUUCGUGCCAACGGUCACCUGAUGCUGAACGGUGAGAAGAUGAGUAAGAGUACCGGUAAUUUCCUGACUCUUAAGGAUGCCGUGGACAAGUUUGGUGCCGAUGCUACUCGUAUUGCUUUCGCCGAUGCUGGUGAUACCAUCGAGGACGCCAACUUCGACGAGACUGUUGCCAACAGUAACAUCUUGCGUCUUCACACCUUGAAAGGGUGGAUCGAUGAAAUUGUCAAGGACGAGACUCUCCGUACUGGCCCCGCUGAUACUUUUGUCGACAAGUUGUUCGAAAAUGAGAUCAACACUCUCGUCCGCGAGACACAAAAGCAUUACCAAGACACCAACUUCAAGCUUGCCCUGAAGUCCGGUCUGUUCGACUUGACCAGUGCUCGUGACGCCUACCGUGAGGCAUGCGCUGCGUCAGGCGUUGGUAUGAACCGCGAUGUCCUAUUGCGCUACAUUGAGCUCCAAGCCCUCAUGAUCACCCCUAUCGCACCUCACUGGGCUGAGUAUGUUUGGCUCGAGGUUCUGAAGAAGUCCGAGACUGUUACUUUCGCCAAGUGGCCCACCGUGCCCGAGCCUUCCCCCGAGCUCUCCGCCGCUCAGGCCUACGUCCGCAACACUUCCUCCGCCAUUCUCUCCGCCGAGUCCACAGUCGCCAAGCGUCUGUCCAAGGGUAAGAACCUUUCUUUCGACCCCCGCAAACCAAAGAAGGUCACCAUCUACGCUGCGAAGAAGUACCCCGUCUGGCAAGAGAAGUACAUCGACCUUGUCCGGGACGCCUUUGACUCCCUCAACAUCUCCUUCGACGACAAGGGUCUCAACGCCAAGAUCGGCAAGCUCGGUGAGAUGAAGAAGGCCAUGCCCUUCGUUCAGGGCCUUAAGCGCCGCCUCGUACAGGGCGGUGAGGCUCCAUCUACCGUCUUCGAGCGCAAGCUUCCUUUCGAUGAGUUCGCUGUUCUUUCCCAGAUUACUGAUGGAUUGAAGCGCUCGGCUGGUUUCAAGGAGGUUGAGGUUAUUGCUGUUGAUGAGGGUGGUAAGACUGGUGAGGUUGUUGGUACCGGUGAGAAGAAGGAGGGUCUUACUGCUGAGAACUCUGUUCCUGGUCAGCCUACCUUCUCUUUCUCCAAUAUUGAGUAG